AUGGUACAGUUUCCUCAUACGGGUAUAGGUUUUCUAGUAUUUCCCGAAUAUACUGGUCGUUAUCCCAAUAUGGAUGUUGAGGGUCAAGAUUUGGGGUAUGGUGCUACAGGGUUAGCCUACGUCACAAACACCGCCCAUCACCUCCACCAUCAACCACCACCACCUGCUGUCGUCACAACCCGCCACCAACCAACACCGACCACCACCACCGUCCUCCGCCGCCACCGCCGCCACCGCUGCCCGCCGCCACCGCCAUCGACUACCAUCGCUGCCACCCACCAUCGCAAACCACUACCACCCCGACCACUACCGCCACUCUACUCCGACCACCACCACCAUCCUCUGCUGCCACCAUCCGCUACCGUCCACCACCACCACCCAUCGUCGUCGUCGCCCCCACCACCAGUCGCCACCACCGUCGACCACCAUCGCCGCCACCGGCCACCACCUACCACUACAGCCACCCUCCGCCAGCAACCACUACUAACCUCCGCGGCCACCUACCGCUACCGUCAACCACCACCACCCACCGUCGUCGUCGCCACCACCGUCGUCGUCACCACCAUCGCCGCCACCCGCAACCACCGACAACCGCCACCCCGACCAUUACCGCCACCCUCCGCCGACCACCACCACCAUCCUCCGUGGCCUCCACCCGCGACCGUCGAGUGUCCACCACCACCACCCACCGUCGUCGCCACCACCAUCGUCGCCAGCUGCCACCGCAGACCACCGCCAACCACGACCAUCGCCGCUACCACCGCUAACAACCGUCACCAACCGACCACCGCUACCACCGACCACCGCCAUCCAUCGUUGCCACCACCACUAGCCGUCACCGAUCACUGCCACCACCCAUCGCCGAUUUAA